AUGGCUGGUCCGUUUAUAUCGCCGCUGCCCGGCGAUCUGCUCACGGAGUAUAUGUUCGGCCGGAGGAGGCAGCGCCGGAAUCGGACGACCUUCACCCCCCAGCAGCUGCAGGAGCUGGAGGCCCUGUUCCAGAAGACCCACUAUCCCGACGUCUUCCUGCGCGAGGAGGUCGCUUUGAGGAUCAGCCUCAGCGAGGCACGCGUCCAGGUGUGGUUCCAGAAUCGGCGGGCCAAGUGGCGCAAGCAGGCGCGCCUGCAGCUGCUGCAGGACGCCUGGCGGAUGCGGUGCCUCAGCCUGGGCACGCCCCCCGUCAUGGGCGGCGGGUCGGUGCAGGGGGGAUCUGCCUCCGGAGCUCCUCCUCGUCCCAACAGCCAGACGCCCGAGAACCUAUCCUCCUCCUCCGGCAAGGACUCCGACUUGGGGGAGGUGAGCAAUGGACCCAGUUCCGGUAGCUUCACCAUGAUGCAUCCGGCAUUCCAGCAGCAGCAGCAGCAGCAACAGCAGCAGCAGCACGGCCACCAGCUGGCCCAGGAUCAGGAGAAGCUAUCGAAGACCUACACGGAACUGAAGCUCUACAAGGCGCCCACGCACGGCAUGGAGCUGGGCGGAAUGGACGCCCUCUCCGGCCACUCGGACGAGGGAUCCGAUGGCUCCGAUUCCGAGGAGAUCGAUCUCACUUCCGGCGCCUGCAUUGACUUCUCGCAGAGCAGCAAGCUCCAGCAGCAGCAGCAGAGCAAUCAGGGGGCCGCAGGAUCAGCGGAAGCGAAUGGUGUCCUUUAGACAAGGAUAUUUAUAGGGAUUGGAACGAAUAAGGAUACAGCUACUCACACUCGUACAGUGCUCACUCGCCUUAGUGUAUUUCUAUUCGAAAUUCCCUUUUCAAAGCGUAGAACUUUAUCUAAAACAUGUAGAACAUGUAAUCGAAAAUUUAAUAACUUUUUUUUUAUUUUUAAAAUAUCAAAAAAAAAUUUUAGAAAGUCGCCAAUGGAUUUGCUUUUCUGGCAAUUAUUUUCUAUAUUUCUGGAACAUUUCUUAAAUUUUGAUUAAUUUGAAGAAAAUUUUC